GGUAGAUGACCGCUCCGGGGCAUCUCGAGCGUACAAACAGCUGGAAGCUUUGGCUGCGCCGAAAGCGCUGGCAUGCUUGGCGAACGGGGUGCUCAAAAAAGUCAAGGCUGCGCUCUCGAAUUCUGGAUGUAUCCGCGGCAAGGGCAGCAGCUGGGACACAUUUAGCAAAAUGCUGAAAACCGGACAGCAGGACUGGCUGCGAGACUGGGAUGAGUCGGCCAAAGUGCGUCUCGGUGUAAACAGCCUGCAUUUGUAUCUGCAGUCGCAGAAGCUUUACCCUCGUUCUCAGAGACUCACUAGCGAGGAAAUUUCCCAGGGGUUUACGGAGACACAGGCGCCGCUGAGUAUCGUUGAGGCGUUCGCCGACCCGAAGAAGUUGCGUAUUCAGUACAAGUUGAAACCAAUCGCGAACGAGCAGUACCUCGAAACUAUCAACGCGAUGGGGCGCACCAGGAUCGACAGCACGAGUCUGGUUGUUGAGCUCGCUGGGAUCGACAAGUUUUUCGCGGCGCUGGUAGACCGGCCUAUGAUUACCGGGGUUCCGAAGGUGCCCCGCAUAGCGAUGCAGCAAAACGACUCGAUGGAAACACUGACCGCGGCGCGGCAGCUGCUGAGCAAUCAUAUGGACAGCCAAAGCGAGGCGGUGGCAACAAAAGCCGGCUCUAAGCGCAACCGUCCGGCUGCUGCUGGCGGCACGACCCACGAUGCUGGAGACCUGCUGGACUUUUUUCUCGAGGCCUACAAGAUAGCGCGCGAGGAGAUGAAGGUGAGCGACGUUUGCGGAGAUGGCCCGAGUAAUUGGCUGCGGGCUAGUUUAUUUUACGGGCGGAUCCUGUUGCAGAAGGGCGUAGAGAGCGAAAAACAGCCUCCGGACCUUCAUCGCGCGUUUGGGUUCCUGAUCAUGUGGAUGCACCAUCAGCAGAACAGAAGUCGAGAGCGGAACCGGGAAGACAGCGGGGACCGCGACCUCCCUCCCGAGGCGCUAAAAGAGGUAGAAGCGUACCGGAAUCCCGGAGAGGUCGCUUUUUUCACUCCGGAGGCUUUUCAGCAGUUUCUGACCGAGAAGGACUGUAUUUCCGAUCUGAACGGAGUCGACGGCGCCCCUUCAAAAGGGGAAGUCGAACUGAAAUUGUUUGGGGUGGCGAAGCAAGCCUCGUUGAACGGAAGCGCCGGCGUCCCGCUGGCGGCGGUCGAAGCCAUCCAGAAGUAUCUGAAACCGUCCGCCGAAGACGUGCUGGAGCGGAUAAAGGAUGAGUUUGAAAGACUGAGGCACGCGAGAUGUCUGAGGGAGUUUCUCGGAAAGCUGCAGAGCGCGAUCGCCAGUUGGAAGGACAUCAUAAUCGAGAAAGCAGUGCAGAGCGGUGGGGCAAGUUCGUCCGCCGACAGUUCGCAACUAGACCCAGGCACCAAGGGAAAAGAGGCUGCGCGAGCCGCAGCCGAGAAGCCAAGCACAUGCACAAAGGGACCGGCUCUUGCAUCGGCGGAGCGGUUCAAGGAGCAUGGCUACUUCGACUACGACGAUUUUUUCGACAAGCAGUCCAGCCUAGGAGCGGCAGCUGAUGCAAGCGCAGGGGCAGCGGGAACUGCCACUGAUGCGUCGCCAUCGGUUUUUCCGCUGCUGCAGAGUUCACUGGCAAUGCGACGGAAAUACCGCGACACUAUUUCCGACGAGGGCUGUCUGGAGUUGAUGAUAUUGCUGUGUGAGGAAGAUAUGACCUGUGGUUCAGCUCUGGAGCCUUCUGCGAAGCGUCUCAAGUUAAGUCCUGCAGCCGCUCUCGAAUUGCCACGGCUUCCGGUGCAACAAAGAUUCAAAAAGAUCGCAGAGUCGCUCGGUCACGACUUGGAGAAAAGUCUCGAAAUGGCAAAAAUAAGCUCAAAGCGGGCGAAAACGAGUCUUCUCGGCAGUGCGACUGGCGGAAAGCAAAUCGCUGAAGGCAAACUGGGGCGGCAACGGGAGAAAUUCCGAGCAGCGGCGACGAAGCUCCGGAAUUUCGAGAAAAAGGAAAUGGACGCAUCUUGGAGUGCAGUAAUCCGAGCGCACGGGGUGAGCGUUGCCACCGAGGGGACCCUAGCCGGUGGCGGGGGGGCCGGACCGGCAGAGCAGACGUCGAAGAGCCCACAAAAUCUCCCGCGCGGGGCGCUCUACGAAGCCGGGAGCCAAGAAGACACUCCGCAAGCCGAGUACAUUUCCGGGCUGAUAAGCG